CAAGAUCCAAUAUGCCAUUGUUAACGAGUUUAAAGAAUGCACAACCCUGCAUUGCACAUCGUCACCGGACUAUCAUUGGAUAUGACAGGAUAUGUGUGAUGGAUGCUGGGACGAUUGCUGUACGUCCACAUGUCUUUAAGUUGUUCUAUUCCGUACUAACCAUUCAUUCCGGAAUUGUUAAUAUCUUCGCCAUGCCAGAUGGUAUAUUCCACGGAAUGUGCGAAUGAUCUUCUAUCACUCUUGAUAAGCAUGCAGCGUAAUGUCUCAUACGUAGACUAUAGACUACAUACAGAUUCAAGUACAUCUAUAUCAUUUCUGCGUGAACACCGUAAUACUGCUCA